UUUCGAGACUGGUACCCUUACAAUGGUCAUUGUGUAAACCGGAAAAACAAGUUGAUCAGCCGAUCAGCAGAUGUGACAUCGCAUUUGUUCAAAUUGUUGCACAACACAUUCAUCAUGAAUCGUGUCAGCUGUCCGCACCACCCAGAAGCCAAUCUCAUCGAAGAUUACCACGCGGGGGACAUGAUCUGCCCACAGUGUGGUCUCGUGGUUGUGGAUAGAUGCAUAGAUGUCGGUUCCGAGUGGCGGACAUUCAGUAACGACAAAGCCACCAGCGACCCGUCGCGUGUGGGCGCGGCCGAGAACCCCUUGCUUAGCGGCGGGGACCUGUCCACCAUCAUCGGCAAGCCCUCGGGAUCAUCCGGCUACGGGGAAAACGGCCAGGCCAAAUAUCAAAACAGGAAACAGGUUAGCAGUUCCGACCGAGCGUUACUGAGCGCGUUCAGAGAAAUUUCGCACAUGUCUGAUCGCAUCAACCUACCCAGAACAAUAGUGGAUCGCACAAACGGACUUUUCAAGCAGGUCCACGAGCAGCGUAGUCUAAGAGGACGAAGCAACGACGCCAUAGCCGCCGCCUGUCUGUACAUAGCUUGCCGACAAGAAGGCGUACCCAGGACUUUCAAGGAAAUCUGCGCCGUGUCCCGUGUUAGUAAGAAAGAAAUCGGUCGAUGCUUCAAGCUCAUUAUCCGAGCGAUCGAAGCCAACGUCAGCCUUAUCAACAGUGGUGAUUUUAUGUCGCGUUUCUGUUCCAACUUGAGUCUACCAACCUCCGUCCAAAAAGCGGCAACCUACGUGGCUAACAAAGCAGUGGAACUGGACCUUGUCCCUGGGCGGAGUCCCAUCUCGGUGGCAGCUGCCGCCAUCUACAUGGCAUCUCAGGCAUCGAAAGAAAAACGCUCACAGAAAGAAAUUGGCGAUAUUGCAGGCGUGGCAGAAAUUACAAUAAAGCAGUCGUACCGUCUGAUGUUCCCCAAGGCAAUGGAUCUAUUUCCAGAAGACUUCAAGUUCGUCACCAGGGUUGAGGACCUACCUGCGCCAUAAUGGAACAUUCCUUAUCCCCCUCCUGUCCCCAGGCCUUCCCCCGCCCACAAAUUGGACUUUUUGUGUAACUAGCAAAAAAACAAACGUAGAGCCUUUCCAAAGUACAAGUGCUGAAAUGUGUAACGUGUUGUAUUUAGUUAAUGUGUAGAUUUUACAAAUGCUGAGUGCAAUGGUAAGAAUAAUUUCAGAUGGAAUGUUCCAUUCCACAAGAUGAAAAUGGAACAUUCCAUCCAUCACUGUAUGAAAUUAUUCUCUCCACUGCAUCUGAUUGGUCAGUGCCACCCAAAAGUGUGACCGUCGAAUGGAACUUCCAUUUUUGUUGUGCGGCCGAGCCGUGCAUUAGGAUGGUUAUUUAUUUUAAAAAACUCAAAACUCCCAGACAGAUUUCUUCGUGAAGACAUAAUCCGGGUAGUUUAUUUGUUUUGUGAUGUAAAAACACAAACAAAAAACCCAAAACCCACAAAGUCUAGUUCUAUCGAAUACAAUUCAACUUUAUUAAAGUACAACUGCUUACAUCUGAGUAAAAUAAAGAGAAAUUACUACCUUACGUUUAUAACAAAAUAUUAACCCUCUGAUAAUACUAUUAUUUUCUCUCUGUUAAAUGUAAUUUCUGAACAGUUUGAAAACUGAAUGUCACAUUUCUUUGUCACGAUUGUUUCAAUUAAAGUUAUAUAAAUGUUGUACACAUCA